AUGACCAAAUCCACAAUUUUAAACCGGCUCUCAGCCCUUGAUACCAAUGCGGUCUCUGAUGCCCUGGACUUUCUUCAACUCAAAGGAGCCACCUAUGGCCUCCGGCCGCUCUGGGACUGCCCCAAGGUCGUCGGCCGUGCCAGUACAGUGGAAGUCGGCCCCAAGAAGGGCACUGCCGCGACAGCCCACCCAUUCGCGCAGGUUAUAGACGCAGUUACAACGGAUGAUCGCAUUCUUGUCAUUGCUGGCGGCCUGGAGGGGGUCUCCUGCUGGGGCGAUAUUAUUGCCAAUGCUUCGAAAGUGAAGGGUAUUCGCGGGACGAUUAUAGACGGGGUGUGUCGGGAUAUCGAUGGCAGCCGCGACGUCGGGUAUCCUGUUUAUGGCCAAAAUGUAACGAUGAUCAGCGGGCGUAGGAGAAUGGUUCAGAUUGGGGCUGGCACUGAGGUCCAGGUGCGCGGUGUCACCGUUCGCCAGGAUGACUACGUGAUUGCCGAUACCUGUGGGACUGUGUUUAUCCCAGCGGAGUAUAUCGAGACAGUCGUGGAGCUGGCCGAGAAGAUCACCUAUCGCGAGAAUCUGAUGAUUGAGGAUGUGAGAGCUGGGAUACCUCUCUCGGAGGUUAUGCACGACGCUAAAUUCCAAGCUAUUGCUCAAGAGAUCGCAUCAGCGGCCGCGGCCGCGGGUAUAUCAUCAUCCGCGUGA